AUGGGAAAUCAGCCUGAAGAAGCAUCUGCUGUCAUGACUGAUCUCAUCAUAGUCGAACACCACCACUCUCUCUUUCACCUGAUUGGGUCUUCCAACGUUGAUGUGAAAAAUGCAAUGACCUUCAGUGGGCCUCUGGAAGACAUGUUUGGGUACACGGUCCAACAGUAUGAAAAUGAGGAAGGGAAAUGGGUACUUAUUGGUUCACCAUUAGUUGGCCAACCUGAGAAAAGAACAGGAGAUGUAUACAAGUGCCCUGUAGGAAGGGACAACCACUUCCAAUCACCCUGCGUAAAACUGAACUUACCAGCUGCUACUUCAGUUCCUAACGUCGUGGAAGUAAAAGAAAACAUGACUCUUGGAACAACCUUAGUGACUAACCCAAAAGGAGGCUUUCUGGCAUGUGGACCACUUUACGCUUAUAAAUGUGGACGUUUGCAUUACACAACUGGAGUUUGCUCUAAUGUCAGCUCCACUUUUGAAUCCGUUGAGGCGAUUGCUCCAUCUGUGCAAGAGUGUAAAACUCAGUUGGACAUCGUCAUAGUCCUUGAUGGGUCCAACAGCAUUUAUCCAUGGGAGAGUGUCACAGCCUUCCUAAACAGCCUCCUGAAAAACAUGGAUAUAGGUCCUCAGCAAACACAGGUUGGAAUUGUUCAGUAUGGACAGACUGUAGUCCAUGAGUUUUUCCUGAAUACAUACUCAACAACAGAAGAUGUGAUGGCUGCAGCCACGAGAAUAAGCCAGCGGGGUGGCACGCAAACUAUGACAGCCCUGGGAAUAGAUACGGCAAGGAAAGAGGCUUUUACUGAGGCUCAUGGUGCACGAAGAGGAGUACAAAAAGUAAUGGUUAUUGUGACUGAUGGGGAAUCACAUGACAACUACAGAUUAAAAGAAGUGAUUGAUAAUUGUGAAGAUGAAAACAUUCAGAGAUUUGCUAUUGCGAUUCUUGGCAGCUACAGCAGAGGAAAUUUAAGUACUGAGAAAUUUGUAGAGGAAAUAAAAUCAAUUGCCAGUAAGCCUACUGAAAAGCAUUUCUUCAAUGUCUCAGAUGAAUUAGCUCUUGUAACUAUUGUUGAAGCACUUGGAGAGAGAAUAUUUGCCCUGGAAGCAACAACAGACCAGCAGGCAGCCUCAUUUGAAAUGGAAAUGUCUCAAGCUGGUUUCAGUGCUCAUUAUUCUCAGGAUUGGAUCAUGCUUGGAGCAGUUGGAGCAUAUGACUGGAAUGGCACAGUGCUCAUGGUGAAGGACAGUGGUAUUUCAAUGCCAACUAAUGACACUUUUCAUAACAGGCUUUCAGAAAAAAAUGAACCCCUUGCAGCCUAUCUAGGAUAUACUGUGAAUUCAGCAUUGACACCUGGAGGUGUACUGUACAUAGCAGGACAGCCACGAUACAAUCACACUGGCCAAGUUAUCAUUUAUACAAUGGAAGGAAGAGAGGUACAAGUACUUCAGCGGUUAAAUGGAGAACAAAUUGGGUCAUACUUUGGGGGUGUUAUUACCACAAUUGACAUCAACAGGGACUCAUUUACAGACCUUCUUCUUGUUGGAGCUCCUAUGUAUAUGGGAACUGAGAAAGAGGAGCAAGGGAAAGUAUAUGUUUAUGGUCUGAACAAGACAAAGUUUGAAUAUCAGAUGAGUCUUGAACCUGUAAAGCAAACGUGCUGUUCACCAUUAAAACAAGACACCUGCAAAGUUUUUAAGAAUGAGCCUUGCGGUGCACGCUUCGGGACUGCAAUUGCUGCAGUCAAGGAUCUCAACCUUGAUGGAUAUAAUGACGUUGUAAUAGGUUCUCCCUUAGAGGAUGAUCAUCGGGGAGCUGUUUAUAUUUAUCAUGGCCAUGGCAACACAAUCAGUAAAAAGUACUCUCAGCGUAUUGCAUCAGGUGGAGAUGGGGAAAAAGUGAAAUUUUUUGGCCAGUCCGUGCAUGGAGAAAUGGAUUUAAACGAUGACGGGCUGAUUGAUGUCACCAUUGGAGGCCUUGGUGGGGCUGCCCUCUUCUGGUCUCGUGAUGUGGCUGAAGUAAAUGUUUCCAUGCAAUUUACACCCAAAAGCAUCAAUAUCCAACAACAAAAUUGUCAGAUAAAUAAAAGAAAAACAAUAUGCAUAAAUGCCACAAUUUGUUUUAAGGCCAGACUAAAGUCGAAGGAAGAUAUAUUUGAAUCCAGUCUGCAGUAUUGGAUUACUCUUGACUCUCAAAGACAAAUAUCUCGAAGCUUGUUCACAGAAAGCCAUGAGAGGAAAAUGCAGAAAAAUAUAACUAUCAAAGGGUCAGAAUGUAUUAAACAUAACUUCUACAUGUUGGAUAAGCCUGACUUUCAGGACUCUGUAAAGGUUUUGCUGGAGUUCAAUUUUUCUGAUCCAGAAAGUGGACCUGUUCUUGAUAGCAACCUGCCAAAUUCAAUAUCCGAAUAUAUUCCUUUCACAAAAGAUUGUGGAGCCAAAAACAAAUGCAUUUCAGAUCUUGUUCUGAAUGUAAAAGCAAGCAUAGCUGGAGACAGCUCUUCUCCAUUCAUUGUAAAGUCACGCAAUGAUAAGUUUACCAUCCAGCUCUUGGUGAAGAACAAAAAAGACAGUGCCUAUAAUACCAGAGUUUUGGUUCAAUAUUCUCCAAAUAUUAUUUUUGCUGGCAUUGAGGAUAUACAGAAAGAUAGCUGUGAAUCUAAUCACAACAUCACCUGUAAAGUGGGAUAUCCAUUUCUAAAACCUGCAGAAGAGAUUUCCUUCAAAAUAUCAUUCCAAUUCAACGCAUCAUAUCUCCUGGAAAAUGCUACUGUUCAUGUAUAUGCAACAAGUGACAGUGAAGAACCCCCUGAGACCUUGCGUGACAACAGAGGACACAUUACAAUUCCAGUAAAAUACGAAGUAGGAUUAAUAUUUGUAAGUGUGUUCAAAGAGCACCAUGUUAUAAUUGCAGCAAAUGAUACUGUCCCUACUGCUAUUAACACAACAGAGCAGAUUGGGGAUGAGGUUACUCUACAUUAUAUGAUUGAAAAAGGUGAACACUUUCCAAUGCCAAACCUCACACUGCAGAUUUUAUUUCCCAAUGUAACAGCAGCCAAGAACACUCUUCUCUACCUUACUGCAUUGUCACAUUCCCAAAAUGCCAUCUGCCAAACUAGUUACCCUGUAGAUCCCUUAAAGAUCAGUGCUGGGAAAUCAUUUGUGUUGCCAAAAAUAAAAGAACCUACAAAGGAUACAAUUAUGGACUGUGAUACAUACAGCUGUGCAUCUAUUAAUUGUGCCCUGGUCCCAUCUGACACAUAUCAAGUGAAUGUUUCAUUAAGAGUAUGGAAACCUACCAUCAUAAAAGCAAGUAUUCACAGCUUAACCCUUGUUGUGAAAGCAUUACUUAGGAGUGAGAACUCAUCACUGAUUUUGAGAAAUGACCAUCAAAAACUGGAGACCAUGAUUAAGAUUUCCAAAGAACUCCCACCGGGUACAGUCCCCUUAUGGGUUAUCCUCCUGAGUAUCUUUGCUGGACUCCUGAUUCUUGCACUGCUUAUAUUUGCUUUGUGGAAGGCUGGAUUUUUCAAGAGACCGCUAAAGAAGAAAAUGGAGAAAUAA